CAAAUUAUUAAUUUAAAGCGCAAGUGUUUAAAGAAAAAUUAUUAAAAUGUCAUCUAAUAAUGUAAUGUUUCAUCCUAUUAUAUGCUCUAUACAAAAGCUUGCAUUAUACGAAACAAAGGAAAAAAUCUACAUUGUUGGCUCCAACAAUGCCCAAACUCGUUUUCGCUUAUUGAAUAUUGAUCGAAGAAAUAUUACAGAACUGAACAUUACUGAUGAUAAAAUAGAGUAUGGGUUUCGAGAUAUAAGUAAUCUAGUUAACAAAAUUACAACAAUGCACAAAGCUCGUGGGAGUACUGUUAAAAUAUUUUAUGCAUUUGGCAUAGUAGGGUUUAUUAGAUUCUUACAUGGAUAUUAUAUUAUUUUAAUUACUAAAAGAAGAAGAAUAGCAGAAAUUGGUUUACAUAUUUUGUAUAAAAUAGAAGAUACGCUCAUGGUUCCAAUAUGUCUGGAUAGUAAAAACAUUCAUCCAAAUGAACCUAAAUAUGUGAAAAUGUUUCAAAGUAUCGAUCUGAAAAGCAACUUUUAUUUUAGUUACAGUUAUGAUUUAACAAGACCUCUUCAAAAUAAUGUUGCCCCACCAAAAUAUUUUUCAUCCAAGAAAUCAUUCAACACUCCGCAAGAUGCUGAUUAUGAAAGUGACUCAGAGCCAUUACCCAACUUUGGGUCAAAAAUGGAAAAGUCAGAAAGAGUAGAUUACGGGUUUCGAAGAAGUCCUAGAAUGAGAUUUGUAUGGAACUCUCAUUUACUGAAACCAAUUGACCAAAUUCUUCAUCCUGAUUGGAUUUUGUAUAUAACUCAUGGUUUUAUAGAUCAACUACAUAUGAGUAUUUUUGGAAGACCAGUGCAUAUAGCUAUUAUUGCAAGGCGAAGUAAUAAAUUUGCAGGAACAAGGUUUUUGAAAAGAGGAGCAAAUUUUUCAGGGGAUGUAGCUAAUGAGGUAGAAACAGAGCAAAUUGUCUAUGACUCAGGCACAUCCUCUCUUGCAGAAGGCAGAUUCAGUUCAUUUGUUCAAAUGAGAGGAUCGAUUCCAGGCCAUUGGUCACAAGACAUUAGCAAAAUGGUGCCAAAACCGCCGAUAGGUCUGGAUUUAUCCGACCCAUAUAAAGAGACAUCAGGCGCGCAUUUCAAUCGACUCUUAAAACACUAUGGAUCACCCAUUAUAAUAUUGAACUUAGUUAAAAAACGCGAAAAGAAACGGCAUGAAAGUAUACUUACAGAUGAAAUUCUUUCAUCUGUUAAAUACCUGAAUCAAUUUUUACCUCCCCAGCAUCGAAUUCAUUACAUCCAUUUUGAUAUGGCCCGUAAAUCAAGGAAUAAUAGUAAUGUGAUGAAGCAAUUAGCAAAAAUAGCACAAGAUACAGUUCUUCAAACAGGAAUGUACAUUAGUUCAGCAGUUACACAUGACGGCAAAGGACGAAAACAAACAGGAAUUAUCAGAAUAAAUUGUGUUGAUUGCCUGGAUCGAACCAAUACCGCUCAGUUUGCUAUAGGAAAAUGUGCCAUGGCUCAUCAACUUUAUGCAUUGGGUUUAUUGGAUUCACCAUUACUCCAAUUUGAUUCUGAUUGUGUCCAAAUGCUAGAAGGAUUAUAUGAAGAUCAUGGAGAUACUUUAGCUCUUCAGUAUGGUGGAUCUCAACUAGUGCAUAGAAUAAAGACUUAUCGAAAAACAGCACCCUGGACCAGCCAGGGUAAUGACAUUAUGCAAACAUUAAGUAGAUAUUAUAGUAACACUUUCAGUGAUGCUGAUAAACAGAACACUAUCAAUUUAUUUUUGGGAUACUUUGUUCCUUCGGAAACUCUUCCGGCCAUUUGGGAGUUGAGCACAGACUUUUAUUUGCACAAUCCUCAAGCUUUAAAAUACACAAAUUCUAAGAUGAAACCCAAAACUCAAUGGUGGAAUCCAUCUGUUAUGAAAUGUCUUCCAAAUGCAUAUAGUGAUGAACAUAAAUCAGUAACCGAAAUAAUACAAAUACCCAGUUCAGAUGUAGAUAUGGUCGAUGUAUAUGCUGAUUAUCAUAGACCACAUGAAUUAAGUGUCUUACAGGAUCUCUUUGCAUAUAUGAAGAGUAAUACACCAUAUUAUACUUCAGAUAAUAGUCCUUUUAUUGUACGAGGCAGAGGUCCUGGUGCUAAUAAAAAUCCAUCAGUUUCAGGACAAAGCUCAACAAGUUCCACUAGUAGCACGACCAGUAGUACUAGUUCAACUGAAACCUCAGAUUCUUCAAGUGAUGACGAACCAGGAUCAGAAAUGUCUGAAAGAAAUAUAGCAGAAGUGCCACAGAUAAUACUUAGAAAAUAUCAGGAUCUUCUUCCACCCAUGGAUAAAGUAUAUGGAUGUGAGCCCAAAGAACCUGACCAAGAAGAUUUGGAUAUAUACAAACAAUAUGUAGCAAUACAUAGACAAUCUACACCUAAAUCAUAUCUACUAACACAUGAACAAUCGAAGAAUGAUCUACUGGAAAAUCUGCGAGAUGAAACGAGAGGGCGAUUACCGAUUUCAAAAUUAACUACUUGUUUGAAAAUAGUUCCCAAUAAUGAUAUUCCCGAAGACAGUGUUUACAGUGUUCAAGUACCUAUUGUUCCACAAGAAUCAAUAGAUAUGUAUCAGAAAUAUAUAGAAUCAGCAAGAGAGGGGUACAUUAAGCCUCAUUUAGAAGAUUUAAGAAUGUACAGGGAAUACGUUGCCAAGAAUUCAACAGUAUCGGAGUUUGAAAAGUUUCAUAACAUAUAA